GAACAGUAAAAAUUAUUAUUUUUAAUUUAUUUUUCGUGAAUUAGUAUUUUGAUUACAUAUUUUUAUCCAAAAAAAGAAAAUUUUAAAAAUAAUAUUUUUAGUAGUUUCCAUUGACCAAGUCACUUCGUUUUAGAUGUGUUGCCGGAGAUUAUAUGCCAAUUUGGCAAUUUUUUUUGAACAUCUUUCGAUGGAAGUUGGUUAUAAAGAAUAAACUAAAUCUUUAACCUCUGCUAAAUAUCAAUUGAGGGGGAAGUUGGAUCUCCAUGGCUAAAGAAGCUUCAUUUUGUCAUGUCUUCUUGAGCUUCAAAGGGGAAACAAGAAACAAGUUUACAUGCUUCGUAUACGAGGCAUUAAAAGCCGAAGGAUUCAUAGCCUUCAUGGACAAAAGUGAUAUAUGUGUUGGAGAUGAACUAAAUUCAACAAUUAAGGAAGGUAUUAGAUCCUCCAUGAGCGCCAUCAUUAUAUUCUCCCAAUAUUAUGCAGAAUCUACGUGGUGCCUUGAUGAACUUGUCCUCAUCCUUGAACGCUACAAGGUCUCUAGGUAUUUUAUCCUACCAAUUUUUUACGAGGUUGAAAUCCAUGAUAUUAAACACCAGCUGGGUAAUUAUAGUAUUGCGCUUGAGAAGCAUAGGGCAAGGCACAACCACAAAGUGGACAAGUGGAGAGAAGCUCUGGUAGAAGUUGGUAACAUUUUUGGAGAGCAUGUAGAGGGACUACAAAGCACUUUCAUCCAAAACACUGUCAAAUUGUUUCGAGAAAGAUUGGCAGCCAGGUUCCCUGAAUGUCGUCAGCCAGUGCCAAAAGGUCAAGUUUUACAAGGCACGUCUUCAUCUCCCUCUUUGAGCCAUGAGUCGUCUGCUGCCAAGAUAAUUCUUUACACAACUACCAGGGCUAAUAAUGGCGAGUCAGUAAGGAAGAUACUUGAAAGUGCAAAUGUUGUGUAUGAGGUGAGAAAUUGCUCAGAUGAGCCCAUGUAUGUGAGUGAGCUAAAAGAGCUGCUUGGUAAAAAGAAAGUAAGAUUUCCUACUGUGAUUGUGAAUGGAAAGGACUUGUGUGGAGAAGAAGAGGAAGAGGGUUUUCAUAAUAUUGAAAUCAGGCAAAAGCUGAAGAAAAGACUGAUGUCACUCUACCGGAAGCAAUACUUGGCAAAAGCAAGAAGAAGAAUGAAGAAAAGAAGAAAAAAAAACAUCUUCAAGAUACAAUGUCAAUGGAUUGUUAAUGUAUUAGUAUGUACUUUCAAGACACAAUGUAAAUGUAACGUAUCAGGGGACAGGAGCCACAGAACGGAAGCCCAGGAGCACUGCUAGAAAAUUUGUAAGGCCGAUGUUUGAGAACUGACGCGUAACGAAAGGUCUUAGACUUUUUCAUCAAUUUAUAACUGAUGUAUUAGGGCAAGUCAAAUGGAGGUGCUAAAAAUAAUGUUAUAUUUAUAAUAUAGCACCCAUCAAAAAUGCACACUUGAAUAAGAUGCUAAACUUGAUUUCAAUAUAGUAAAAUGUUAUACUUGGUAAUAAAUAUAGAACCAAGUAUAGAUAUUGUUAUAAUUAUCACAUAGACAUGCAAGUGGGAAAGUGAGAGAAAUAACAAGUUUGAUAUUUUUUAUUUCGUUUCAUUUACAAAGGUGGUUGACAAAUUAGUUAAAUAUAGAUUAUUUGGUGCAAUUUUAAAUCUAUGCAUUGGAGUAGAAUUUUUGUUUUAACAUCACAAAACACUUCUUGGUGUAAAAAUAUAGCAAUAGUUAUAUGAAUUCUAGUACUACUGGUGGCCAUGUUGAAAAUUUUAAAUGAAAUACAGAUUUAUUAUGAACCCUUUAGUCACAUGAGUAUAUGAUAGAACAGUCAUGCUUUUACAAGUUCAGCAUUUAAGUUUCAACAAGUGUCCUAUAUUAACUGGCAAACUGUCACUUUCAGUUAGUAGUACCAAACUACUAUGAAUUUGUAGCUUGUGAUUUUUAUUUGCUUUCCCGAAUGAAUGUGGUUUGAAAUGAAAGGGAAAAUUCAAUCAAUCGCAAGCAAUUUUUAAAUGCAGCUAAAAAAGAUAGGAGCAUAAUUUCUCAUUUGUACUGUUGUGUUGAAUUCUGUAGAU